AAAGAUGCCUAGAGUUGGACACAGACUGCCCUGACAGCGGUGGAGAUCUAGCAGGUGGCUGCCACGGAACACAAGCUUCUUCCGACAACGCAUUUGAAGGUAACAAAGAAAAGUUAGUCGUGAAGGGCAGCUGCGAAACAAAAGCUAUGGACCGAUCCAAACAGAAGCAACUUCUUAAUCAGAAUGAAAAGCAAACGACGUCAGUAGGUGAUAGUUCAGUAAAUGGACAUUUUGACGGGGUGACGAAAAUGAAAAGCCGCGCCGGCUUACCUCUGGCGGGGUCCGGGGAAACGAGUGGCCAGUCAUCCGGUGCCAUCGAGAGUUGGAGGGAAGAACGCACCCGGAGUCUGGAGGACAAUGAGAUGAGCUUGCCAAGUAUCGCUUCUGCCUACACGACCAUCCUCAGGGGACUCGGAGAAGACCCUCAAAGGCAAGGACUUCUCAAAACUCCGUGGAGAGCCGCGACAGCUAUGCAGUUCUUCACUAAAGGCUACCAGGAGAAAAUCAUUGAUGUGCUGAAUGACGCCAUUUUCGAUGAGGACCACGACGAGAUGGUGAUCGUGAAGGACAUUGACAUGUUCUCCAUGUGUGAGCACCACCUGGUGCCCAUCUUUGGCAGGGUACACAUAGGCUACCUCCCCAAUAAGAGAGUGCUUGGACUCAGCAAACUGGCCAGGAUCGUAGAGAUUUACAGCAGGAGACUGCAAGUCCAGGAGCGGUUAACCAAACAGAUCGCCGUGGCGAUCACUGAGGCGUUGCAGCCCGCUGGCGUUGGGGUGGUCAUCGAAGCAACGCACAUGUGCAUGGUCAUGAGGGGCGUUCAGAAGAUGAACAGUAAGACGGUCACCAGCACCAUGCUGGGCGUCUUCCGUGAGGACCCCAAAACACGCGACGAGUUCCUUACGCUCAUCAGGAGCUGAGGUGCCCAACCCCCAAUACACACACACACACACCUACACACACCUACACACACACACACGCACCUACCCACACACACACACACUUACACACACACACACAUCUACACACACACAC